AUGUUAGGGCAGCGGCACAAACGUACAAUCUUCAACAGCAGCAGGCGGUGCGAGAGGCUCGCGCGAAGCGUGUAUAGGAACUGGUCGUCCACAGCGGGGUUGCCCGAAAGGUCGAGCGCCACGAGCGACGGGACUAGGCACACCGCGAGCAACUGGCGGCGCGAAAAGGGCGGCGCCGAGCAGUCCGCGACCACAGAGCAGUGCGCGCGGGCCACUAGUGCCGCCCAGUCUUCAAGGCCCACAUUGCUGAAGAAAUUGUCAAUGCGGUGCUUGCAAUGUGUGGGCACGAGCGCAAGGGCAAGUGCACGGUGGCGGAGGGCACUUGUUUUGUUUUCCGACACUGGGGCCUCUGAGAAAAUUGCAACGUCCGCAUCUGUUUCUUUUUGUGCCCUCGUCUUGUGUUGUGCAUUGUGUGCUUCUGUUUGGGCGUAUGUGUACGCUCUGCUGUGGUGGCAUGCAAAGGCUGGGUGCGCGCCAAAAGUGGCUGCAAACAUCAGGAAAACGCGCGGGGUGUCGCGCCCGCGCUCCAAGAUGGCGCGCCAGACGGGCUGCCAACACGACCAGGGGGCCUGGUCGAGGUAUUCUGGUUCAAGCGCGUCGGCGGCAUUAGCUAGGUGCUGA